UCAAAUGUGGCGUCAGCAUGCUCUGAUCACUGUUCCGGGACUGUUUGAGUGGCCCUGUGAAAAGCCUCUCCGACCAGGUCUCACCUCCACUCUCCUCACUGCUCCCAAAGCAUCCGAUGGCAAAGCAUGACCCGAACGAGCUCCCUCCUCCAUACUACUCUGUUGAGGUGCACACCCUCCCUCCCCUCCAGUCCUAUGAAGAGCUAGUCUAUGGAGCGGGUCCAAGGCACACUCCUCCCAACCAGCUAUACUACAUCCCCCAGCAUCCCCCACCAGUGGCUGCACAGCAUGUCUGCCAGCCCAGUAUAUCUCUUUCUAACAAGAAGAAGAAAGGCAAAUGCUGCCACAAUAGUGCCAAGUGCUUUGGUGGGUCAGGAGGCAUCGUUCUGCUGCUCCUCCUGGGCAUUGCCAUCUGGCUCGGAGUGCGUUACGGUACCAGAUUGGCAACUGCGGCUGUCACCCUUAACCACCAUGACAGUGAGGAUGAGGGGCACUAUGAGAAGCAGUUGAGCGUGCCCGUUCAUGACACCUGCUCCAACUCCACGGUCCAAUGUGACGGUCUGCGAGACUGCCGACUGGGCACCGACGAGUCUAACUGUGUGAGGUUUGGGGCGGACGGUGCUCUACGGGUCAGAACUUCUCAGGACGACCGUUUCCUCCCAGUGUGUUACCAGGGAUGGGACCAGAGCUACGCCAACCGAACCUGUGCCCAACUGGGCUUCAGAAAGUCCUUUGCAACCAAGGCCGUGAAAUCCCAGCAGUCCAUUGGUCUAACCCUGAACAACAGAUCGUCUUUACCCAUCCAGGGCCAGGUCAGCGUCGGCUCUUCCUGCCCUGACCAGAAUACGGUCUCUCUGAAGUGUAUUGAUUGUGGGCGUCAGCAGUUGACCUCCCGGAUCAUAGGGGGCACUGUUGCCAAGCUGGGCCAAUGGCCCUGGCAACUGUCUCUACACUUUGGUAGAUCACAUAUCUGUGGAGGGGUCCUGGUGUCCCCUGACUUUGUGGUGACAGCUGCCCACUGCUUCCCCAGGUUGUUUCUUGACGCCAGUAAGUGGCUUGUGUACGGAGGAGUGGUGUCUCAAGACCAGCUUCCUUCUCCCUACCUCGUAGAGAAGAUCAUCGUGAAUGAGAACUACAACAACGUAACCAACGACCAGGACAUCACCAUUCUGAAGCUGGCCUCACCAGUGGUCUUCACUGAUGCAGUUCAGCCUGCCUGUUUGCCAGCCUUUGACCAGACAUUCCCCCGUGGAACCAAAUGCUGGAUCUCGGGCUUCGGAACAAUAGAUGCGGGAUCAGCGAAACUCUCCAAAGCCCUGAUGCAGGUGACCGUUGACAUCAUCGACGUGCGUGUGUGUAACAGCUCCAAGGUAUACUCUGGCAGUGUGUCCAACAACAUGCUGUGUGCCGGUGAUCUCAAUGGGGUCAGGGACUCCUGUCAGGGAGACAGUGGUGGUCCUCUGGUGUGCCAGACCAGUGACAACCUUUGGCAGCUGGUGGGCGUGACCAGCUGGGGCAGUGGCUGUGGGCAGAGUAACAGGCCGGGAGUCUACACCAAGGUGUCCAGCCUACUGCCAUGGAUCUACAGCAAGAUGCAGCUGGAGAAUCCGUGAUGUCACUUCAUUUCCAUUGACCUCAGCACAUGCUCUCUAAAGACCGCUCGCAGCCUGCUUUCUCGUUCCUCUCGGAACAUCACACCAUGAAGUCCUAUACCAGGCAGACAGGCAGACGGACGGACGGACAGACGUUCUUCUUGUUCCUUUACCGUACCUUCUAAAAUCACAAAAUGCAUUACUGUAUUUAUGCCCGACGGCUGCUACACUGUGUAUAAUAUGUGAAUCUACACCAAUACAUUCUGUUCCCUGA